UAAUAUUAUUUAUCUGAUAACUGUUGCGGGACUCAGUCGUGGGAGUAGUUAGUCACUGCAUGAGCAUUGUGAAUUCGAGAUACAAGUGAAGUGAAAGUGAGCAACCUCUUGUUUACAAUGAGUUCUACAGAAUAUCCCCCUAACUACCAUUUCGGACAUUUAGCUUUCGAGAGUUUGAGUCUCCAUACAGAUCGUGUUUGUCAGAUAGAUGCAGCAACUGGUGCAGAAGAGAGUUACGAAUCAGUAUUAAAGCGAUCCAUCAGUUUAGCGAAAGCACUGAGAGCAUAUGGAUUAAAUCCGGGUGAUGUGAUGGCCAUCGGUGGUCCUAACCAUCUGGAUAUUUGCAUACCGCACUUUGCAGCACUCUUCAACGGUUUGCCGAUUGUUGGCGUCGAUCCGUACUUCAAAUAUGACGAAAUGCGAGCACUCUUUGAGAUAACGAGACCGAAGAUAGCGUUUUGCCAAAAUGAAUCGUACGACACAUACGCAAAGGCUGCAGAGGAUCUUAAACUGGACGUUAAGUUGGUGACUUUCGAUGAAGGAGAAUGUACGAUGAAAAAGUUUAUAGACAUGUACGAGGCAUUGGACCCUGUAGAGGAUUUUAAGGUGGCGGAGUAUGACUUAGAUAAAGUAUACCCCUUUCUUAUAUGCACAAGUGGUACUUCGGGAAAAUUAAAGGUUGCGGCCUUUAAAAAUAAACCGUUGCUAACAAAAAUCCACUUUUUCAGAAAGGCCGAAGAUCCAAGCCUCAAGACAACGUUGGUCUUGUCCCCAGUGAAUUGGAUAUCAUUCUUCUUUUCGCCAAUAAUUGUGGCCACUUCAGGAGGUAUAAGGCUACAAACUUCCAAUCCAGAUAACUAUGACAACAUUAUAGACAUGAUCAACAAAUAUAAACCCGAAAAAGCUCUGUUAAGCCCUGCACACAUAGGAUCCCUGUUAGCUCGACAUAGUGAAGUCGAUCUAACUUGCUUCAAAACCAUCACUGGUACAGGAUCUAAACUUUAUCUAGAUGUUAAAGCAGGAUUCAAGAAACUUCUUGCCAGUGAUUGCAUGUUCGUGGAAGCUUAUGGUCAAACGGAAUCAAUUGGGUCAGUCCUAGUUCCGAACGUAUUCGGACCUCCCGGCUCUUGUGGAAGGCCUGGAGAUAUGUAUAGUAUUAAGUUGGUGGAUCCAGAUACUGGUGUGGAAAUAAAGGAACCCAACGUUACUGGUGAAAUAUUGGUUAAAGGACCUGGUUUUUCGUGUUAUUACAAUGAUCCAGAAGAAACAGAAAAGUGGUUUACAGAAGACGGCUUCUACAAAACGGGAGAUUUAUUAUACCGCGAUGAAGACAAUAACUACUAUUUUGUUGACCGAUGCAAAACCUUAAUGAAGUACCGAAACUUUCACAUAUAUCCAGCAGAAUUAGAGGAAGUAAUAAACAGACAUCCUGGUGUGAAAGAUGUUUGCGUGGUCGGCGUCGAGGAUCCUGUUGAUGGUCAGAGACCAGUUGCUUGUGUGGUGAGACAAGGAGACUCGAAUGUCACCGCACAAGAGAUAAAGGAUUUAAUAAUAAGAAAUCUAUCGAAAAACAAGGAACUGCGAGGAGGUGUGAUAUUUCUUGACAAUCUACCCUAUACAUCCACAGGAAAAAUUCUCAGAAGCAAAGUUAAAGAGAUUGCUAUAAAUGCUAAGAGAGAAUAAAGUAUUGGCAUUUAUUAGAAUCGAAAAGUUUUGAUUGUAUUAAAAGUAGUAUUGUUUUACAAUUGUAUGUAUGUAUGCGUGUUUAAGGAAGCAUGUUUUUAAGUGUAAAUGAAACCAAUUGUUAUAUAAAUAAAAAUGUUUAUUCUUUUAUUAGUAGGUAUUAUCAGUUAUCACACGCGGUUGCAUUCGACGUUACCUCGAUGUAAAUUAUCAAAUUUUCGAUAACUGCCCAUGUUUUAAGCUGAUAAUUAUUAUCAAUGAUAUUAUGAACAAGGUGAACCAUCACAAUUUAACUAAAAUGAUGCACUUAAUGAAGUUCAGAUAAUAUUAUAUGCGGUAUGAUAAUAUCUGAUAAUUAACCGACCCACCUACUAAAAGUAGUAUUAAUACAAGAUCCCGGAUCACAUUCACCAAUCUCUUAACCUAGUGAAAAGUAUUUUAUGAAUCAUACAUUAUAAACGAACAUAACAUAAUAACGAAUGACUUUUUUAAUGAAUUAGGAGACUACCAUUAAUUAAAUAA